AUGGGAAGGUUCUUGCUUGUUACCAAAAAUGAUGUCAAUGAAGAGCUCAUUGAAAGAGUUAAGAGUUCACUGGAUUGCGAUGUUUAUGACCAUGGAAUCAACUACGACGGAAUUAUAGUCAUUGGGGGAGAUGGAACUGUACUUAGAGCCAUUGCACCUUAUCGGGACCCUCCCGUGGUGUAUGCGAUCAAUAGGGGAAAGGUGGGGUUUCUAUGCCCCAUCUCCUACUCUUCUGUGGACGAGCUCAUUGCACGGCUAAGGGGAAAUGGAGAAAUCAAGUUUAUGGAGACCAAGAGACUCUGUCUGCAGCCAAAACACUAUUUUCUCAACGAGGCUAUCAUUAAGCCGUCCUCUUUGGGACUUGGAACAUUCAAGAUAUUCAUAGAUGACACCAUGAUAGAAUUGAGGGGAGAUGCAGUUAUUGUGUCAACAAGAAUAGGAAGUAGUGCAUACAAUGCAUCCCUGAACGGGCCUUUGCUUCUAGACGAAGGAAUAGUCAUUAAUGUGGUUGCACCAAACAGAUGCAACUUCAAACCUAUUGUGUGUAGGAUGGGAACCAGAAUCCGAGUGGAGAUCGAUAGAGACCCUCAGAUUAUACUCGAUGGAAUAGUCUGCGAGGAGAAGUCUUUUGAUGUGUGCUAUGACGGGUCUAGUGUAAGGUUUGGGUAUCUAAACCACUAUGACAGACAGAAACAAAUUGAGGAGCUUUUUCUACUAUGA